AUGCUGGUCAAAUGCCUGGGUAAAGUUGGCCCUAUCUCUCAGAUGGGGUCUCGUGCUUUGUCAACCGAUGUGCGGCGGGUUGUGCUAAUUCCAGGUGAUGGGAUCGGUCCAGAAAUUUCUAAAUCCGUUCAAGAAAUAUUUGAGGCGGCUAAAACACCUGUUGAGUGGGAUCCUGUUGAUGUAACUCCUGUCAAAGGAAGAGAUGGAGUUUUUCGGAUUCCAUCGCGAUGUAUCGAAUUGAUGCACACGAACAAGGUAUUGUUGCAAUUGUGUUUGUACACUUCUCUUACAUUUAAUCUGUCACCCAUCAGGAACGCAUCAAGCGUUAAUGCCCCGUUCGAUUCGGAUCCCCUUGCAUCCCUUGCAAAUCGGCAUACUUUGUCGUCCAGGCAGAAUAUUGUAACCGAUGGCGGUGAGAUACGCUUGUAA